AUGUCGAAGAAAACCAAAGACUCGAAAACCAGCAAGUCUGGAGAUAAACCUCGCAAAAAAGGAAACGGAUCGAAUACGGACGUGGCAACGUUGCUUCAGCAACACAGGCAAAUUUGGAGUAACGAAUGGAAGCGCCUCCAGAGUCAGGAGGAUUCCGUGAGGAGCGAUGUGGUGGACAAGCUCCGUUAUCUGUCGUGCCAAAGCGUCGAUGAUGUCGUCGGACAGUGCCUUGAAACUUGGAUCGACUUGGAGCUCGACGCCACUAAAUUUCUUGACAACGCUUCCUCUCGGAUACAGUUCUUCAAGCAUUUGGUUCAACGUUGUCUCGAAAGCGAAUCACCGGCGGACUUCGAGCCAGAAGUCGAGUCGGCUUCGAACGAACUCAUCCAGCUGAGUGAACAGCUACAAAACGACCGGAUACGUGCUGAGCAGGAAGUGACAGAGGCGUUUAAUAUACCCAUGUUGACCAGUGUUCGGUUCACGUUUGCCCGUAACGUAGACGAAGAGUUCCUGGCGGCUCACAAGGAUGACUCGAAAAUGCGGCGAAAUCAACUGGGGGAACUCAAGCAGCUCGAUCAGGACUUCGAGAAAAAACUGAGGGAAAUCGAUAAAGCUCAUAAAACGGAGGAGGAGCCCGCCGACUGGACCAACGAAGACUAUCAAGUGGUUCAGCAUGUGCUCGAACAGUACCCGAAGAGUCUGUCAAACCGCCGGGCUUUGGUGAUGGAUAUGCUCAAAAGGAGGUUCCCGCAUCGAUCUGUCCUCGAUGUUUCGACAUAUAUGGCUUGGUGUCAGAAUCAAGUAUUCUACCGUAGUAAAGUGAACUCGGCUGUCCAAGACUGGGAGCGUGCUCGGAUACAAUGGCUCAGGGAAGCGGCGAAGGCUAUGAAAGACGAACAGAUGGAGCACCAAGCAAGAAGACAGUCGAACGGUAGAGCUCUGGAUCGAGCAUCGAAACCACCUCCGAGACAGAGAACCAAAUCUGAGCCUCCACCGGUGAGGACGCGCAAGAAAGAAGGUAGCAAGAAAAAAUCUGGUUCUCUGAAAAAAGCCAAGGCGGUUUCGGGAGACGACAGUCAGAAACGUUUUCUCCGAUCCUCCAUUUGCAGAGGGAGGAAAAACUCGAAACACAAAGCUCGGUCUCGAUCGAGUUCUCAACAGCCUUCGAAAUUCGCGAGAGAGAAAACUGAGAUCAAGGAAACGAGCGUGCAAGAGCAAACCCGUCGACGAGCCCUCAAGGAAGCCAACCUAUCGGUGAGCCGGUCCACGCGAGGUGUCUCCUCAUUAGACACGUCGUUCUCAGCUUUGCUCAAUGAUGCAUCAAAAACCCUCGCCCGUCAGAGGGACAAGGGCCCCAGGGUAUGUACGGUCCCUGCACCUCCACGAAAAUUUAGAAUGUCCAAAGAACAACGCGCCCUGGCCAAACAGAACUUCGCCAGCGCGGUGUUCCAGGCGAUGGAAAAUGGAAGCGAUCCUGGAAAGUUUGAUGACGGAAAAGACGAAGCGGUUGUGCUCAAAGAGCACAGAAUUCAACGAGCAGGUGCGAAGGCACCACAAAAAGCUCGGCCAUCGAAACUGCAGCAGAAAAAAACUAAGAAAAACUCAAAAUGA